CCUGACCCCGCCCCCUAGGGGCGGAGCCGAGGGACCCGCGGCUCCUCCCGGCCAGGAUCUCCAGCGCAGCGCGGAGGUGGCGGAGGUGCUACCGCCCCUGCCGCUGCGGGAGUUUGGCUCUGGGGAACCGCCCCCCAUCCAGACACCCACCUCCCUCCUCUCCUUUCCCCUCCCCUCCCCUCCGCGAGCCUCCUCCGGGUGUCGCCGCCGGGUCGCCUCACCGCGGCAAUUAUCCUGCAGUACAUUUUCAAACAGAACGGCAACCUGUUCCUACAGCUCAGCAAGUUCCUGAAAACCUGAAUCUAAGGAAGCACAGCGCCCUAUAUAGACCAUCUUUUACCAUGGCAGUGAUGAAACGUAAACGAGUUGUGCUUACAAUCCAGGAAAAGCUGGAAAUCAUUGAAAAGCUAGAGAAAGGUGGUAACACAAGGCAGCUGUCCAUCAUGUAUGGAAUUGGUGAACAGACUGUUCGUGACUUAAAAAAGAGAAAGGCACAGUUACUUUCCUAUGCAAGCAGCUCGGGCUCUGCAACGCUUCUGGCAAGGCGCAAGUCCAUGAAGCAGUCUACUUACAAGGAGCUGGAUAGAGCCAUGUUGGAAUGGUUUAAUCAGCAGAGAGCCGAAGGGACUCCAGUGUCGGGGAUAAUUUGUGCAAAACAAGCAAAGGCUUUUUUUAAUGCAUUAGGAAUGGAAGGGGACUUCAAUGCCUCUACAGGUUGGCUUACUAGGUUUAAGCAGAGGCAUGGGAUCAGAGAGCUGAAUUACCAAGGUGAGAAAUCAAAUGGUGAUCAGUCAGCGGCUGCUGAUUUUCGUGAAGAUUUUGAAGAAUUUACGGAAAGUGAAAGGUUACAGCCAGAACAGAUAUACAAUGCUGAUGAAACUGGGCUUUACUGGAAAUCCUUACCAGCAAGGACAUUGGCUUUUGAGAAUGAACAUCCUAUUCCAAACCAUAAACUCAAUAGAGAGAGACUAACUGUGUUGUGUUGCGUAAAUGCAACUGGCUCUCACAAAUUGAAACUGUGUGUUGUUGGGAAAGCAGAGCACUUGCAUUUGCUUCAAGAAGCCAAUCCGCUAAAUAUGCCAGUUGACUGUUUUAGCCACAAAGAAGCAUCGAUGGACUGCACAAUUUUCAAAGAAUGGUUUGAUAAGAAAUUUGUUCCCCAGGUUCGGGAGCACUUACGCUCCAAAGGCCUUCCAGAAAGAGCUGUCCUCCUUUUAGAUUAUGCACCCUCCAAACCCAGCGAAGGUCUUCUAAAGUCUGAGGAUGGCAACAUUUUCGUGAAAUAUUUGCCCCCCAAUGUGGCUGCUCUAAUUCAGCCUAUGGACCAGGGAGUGAUAGCAUGUAUGAAGCGACACUACAGAACAGGAUUGUUAAGAAAGCACGUGCAAGAAGGGCAUGACAUAAAAUCCUUCGGGACUAACCUGACAGCGCAAGAUGCUGUCACUCAAGCGAUUAGAGCAUGGAACUUGGUGAAGCCAGUUACAAUCAUACGAUCAUGGCGAAAAAUUAUUUCUGACCCAGAUGAAGAAGGGAUUCCAUCAGCCAGCUUCAUAACAGAGGGGCAGCAGCAGACGAAAGGUCCCAAAAAGAGCCAUCCUGCCCAUGGGGAACAGAGGCAAGGGAUCCAUUACCAUGAAGAAGGCAAGCAGUUACUGGUUGACAAAGAGAUGAUAACAAGGGCCGAAGAAAUCAAAGUGGAACUGAAUGAAAGCGAAGGAGAGGAGCAGGAACUCAUUCCAGAGGGUCACAUUAGUCACAGUGCUGCGUUGAACUAUGUGGAGAUCUUGCUGGACUAUUUGGAGCAGCAAGAGGACUCGCUGAUGACUGACAAACUAGUCCUUCAUCGACUACGCACAACAAUAAGGAAAAAGGAAAAUGAGGCAAUGCGACAAGUAACAGUGACUGAUUUUUUGACCAAUAAAUAAAUCUAUGCCUCAGUUUUCUCAUCUGUAAAAUGAGGGCUUUGGACUAAAUGAGCUCAAGGGUCCCUUCCUGCCCCGUUCUAUGGUCUGUAGGAUCUGCCACUGUCCUGUGGUGGCUAAAAUGAACUUGUUUAUGACCUUGUUCUGUGUUUGUUUAUUAAAGGUAAAUAUACUAUAUAUAUAUAUGUAUAUAUAUAUAUACAUACAUACAUAUAUAUGUAGGUAUGUAUUUGUAGCUCAAAUUAUAUUUUGGGCAGAGUGGCCUACAUAAAAAUAGACUUUUUAAUAUUAUUUUUAAAUGGGGCUCCUUUCAUCAUUUGUUUUUGCUUUAUCCAAGCAUACUCUGCCACUACUUUUGCUUCUGCCCUACAUUUCUCAGGAUAAUAAAGAAUUAAUUUUGUUUUAUUACAUUAAAGCUCUAUGGCAUGUAAAUUCAAUUUCCCUCCAAAUCAGGGAAAUGGUGGGUGACAAGAUGAGCCAUUUGUUCUUGGAGACACAGGUUCAGAAGCCACCCUUAAAAUCUCUUUGUUUGCUUCUACCACCUUAUAAUAAAGAUGACAGUUACUCACAUUGGUUGUAAGUUGUUCCUCCUAUGCUAGAGUUAUUCUCUGCUAGUAUGUCGAUCUCAUUGUACUUAAUAAUACAUAUCCCAGCAUGGCUGUAACAUUAAUGCAUAAGGUAACUACUAAUGCUUGGGGAAUAGUGAAGAAAGUCAGGUUUUCUGUUAUUGUCAGGGCACCUCUGGGUGGAAGAGUGAAAGAGAUUGUGCCCUAUCUGACCAAUGGGUGGGCACUGUUGUCAUAGGUCCCUUUUAUAAGCAUAUUCUGGAAGCAAUGGAAGUAACAGGGACUCUAGGUGGGAAGGCCUCAAUUCCAUUUCAAGGAAUUCCUCACAAAAGGAAGCUUUACUUUGAUUAUUUCCCCCUGUUGCCCAUGGUGGGGAGUAGUGUGUGUGGCUCUGUCUUGUCUAUUAGAACUUUACUGAACAGAUAUGUUCUUAUUUUUCCUUAGUUGUGUCAAAAGUAGCUACUAGAGUUUCAUUCCCCUAAUGGCAACAAGGGAGCAAAUAAAAUCACGUGGCGAACUCCCCGGAACCCCACUGCUCUGCGGUAUGGGUGACCAAAUAUGGUUGGCCUCUGGCUACUCUCAAAAACAACUUGUGGGGGCAACUAGAUGGCUCAGUGGAUUGAGAGUCGGGCCUAAAGACAGGAGAUCCUGGGUUCAAACUUGGCCUCAGAUACUGCAUUGCAACACAGCUGUGUGAACCUGGGCAAGUCACUUUACCCCCACUGCCUAGCCUUUACUGUUCUUCUGCCUUGGAUCCAAUAUAUUUAGUUCUAAGUAUUGAUUCUAAGACAAAGGGUAAGGAUUUCGAACAAACAAACAAAUAAACAAAAACCCUCUAUGAGCCACAAACCAGCAACAUGGGGCAUGGUGGGGAAGGGACAGGAGAGGACAGAGUAUUAAGGAGUUGAAAAAAGCUCUUCUUUGACUUCCUUUUUCUUACCAAAAUUAUAAACUUACUAAUGGAGGCCAGGAUUAGGGAGAUUUGGAGAGCUAAAAACAGUUUGGAAAUGUUUGGCUUUGGGGGGUGCUGCUUUCAUUUGAGAGCCCUGUACACACUUUCAUUUAAAGUGCUUCAACUCUUAAUAAGUUUUUAUCAUAUGGGUUUUUUUUUUGUCAGUUGGUACAUUAGAAAUUGACUUCUAAGCUAUUAGUAUCUUAGUGGCGAAACCUUGUAUCAUUUUUUUCAGAUUAUUGUGUUAGAGCAUUCUGAUUCUAUAAUUUGAAUGGUAUGAAAUGAUAAUUAAAUGCUGUAUGACUGCUUCAUCCUGGGACCUUUGUGAAAAUGAGACCUAUUUUGUAACACUGUCCCAGUGAACAAAAUGUGUAAAUAAAAAAAGUGAGGACCUUCCAA